AUGGCGGGGCCCCUCGUCCAGCUGCUGCUCCUGCUGUUAGCCUCGGCGUCCGCCGCGCAGGAUGACGAUGGUAACAAGAGUGGAGACAGGAUCAUCGAUGGCGUUCCCUGCAAGAAAGGCUCCAACCCCUGGCAGGUGGCGCUGCUCAAGGGGAACAGUCUGCACUGCGGGGGGGCCCUACUCAGCCCCCGCUGGGUGAUCACAGCUGCACACUGCAAGAUGAGGCACUACGUGGUUCACAUGGGCAGCGACUCCCUGAGUGAAGGCGGUCAGAAGAUCAAGGCCUCUAAGUCCUUCCGCCACCCCGACUACAACACACAGACCCACGCCAACGACCUCAUGCUGGUCAGGCUGGACCGGCCAGCACGAAUGUCAGCCCAGUUGAAGACUGUCAACCUGUCAUCCCGCUGUGAGCCCCCAGGGACCAGCUGCCAGGUCUCUGGCUGGGGCACCACCACCAGCCCUGAUGUGACCUUCCCCAAGCAGCUCAUGUGCACGAAUGUCAAGCUCAUCUCCUCCCAGGACUGCAAGAAGGUGUACAAGGACCUGCUGGGCAGCUCCAUGCUGUGCGCUGGCAUCCCCAACUCCAGGACCAAUGCCUGCAACGGUGAUUCUGGGGGACCCCUGAUGUGCAGAGGUAGCCUGCAAGGCCUGGUAUCCUGGGGAACUUUCCCUUGUGGCCAACCCAAUGACCCAGGAGUCUACACCCAGGUCUGCAAAUAUGUCAACUGGAUAAAGGAGACCAUGAGGAAGCAUCGCUAG